AAAAAGAUCCAGGUAUUUUAGCAAUAAUUAUUUAUUGGUGCAUUUUGCAAUCUCCUCCCCUAUUCUAUCUAAAGACACGCCUUCAGUCGUAAACGGCUUCACCAAUCACCAUUGUCUGAGAGCGGAACACUUUGAGCAAUCUGCACCUCUAAUAUCUAUGCUGCACCUCUAAUCAUGGCCGAGCUAAUAGGAAACGAUGAUGAUAUAAGUAAAGUGCUUGAAGGGAUGAAUGUCAAGCAAGAUUGUCUAUUGAGUAGAUGCGAAGACAGCUUUUUUCUGAUGUUGACACAGAAUGUUGCCCAAUACGAUGUCUUAGGACCUUAUUUUGGGAUGAGUCAGACCGAUCUGAUUCAAAUCAAGCGAGAUAACGACACAGAAGGCACUCGAAUGAUGGCAAUGCUCUGGAAAUGGAGAACUAGAAAUGGAAGCAAAGCAACCUAUAGCUCAUUGAUAUCAAACUUUCUUCAAAUGAACAACCGUGAGAUUGUAGAAUUAGUAGUAAAGCAUCUUCAAGAGGAGAAUAAAGUAAAGGAAAUGUCUUCUGUGGCUGUUCCAUCUUUUACACCCGAAAACUCACCUGGAAAGUACCUCAACUGGUCAGAAAUGAGCGACAACGAAAAGGAGAGAGUGCGUAAUGAUUUGAUUGAUCGUAGCAAUAAAGUCAGACUCUCUUUUGCUUCUCUGCUUGUGAAGAUCGUUCAGUCUUUUAAAAGGAGUCAAGUCAGUGUGGAAGAGCUUAAGCUGUAUCUCUGUCAACUGCCUCAUCUUGACAGUGAUCCCAGUUCACUUGAGCGCUUAGAGCAAGCAGAUGAUAUCGCUAAGAUAUUUCGCAUUCUUAGUAAGCAUUAUUCCUGGUACAACCACGAGCUUCUUGGAGAGGUCGUUGAUACAUUCGGUACAGAAGAAGACCAAGCUCUUAUUUCAAAAUACAAUCAAGACAAGCUGCUUCCUUAUUUGGAAUGUUCAAUAUUUGAAAUACCUCCUUGUUUAUUUGAUUCUAGCUGUAAUUUCCGACAGCAGCUUUGUUUAAAGUUGCCUGACAGCAUAAUGCCAUCUGGCUCUGAUGUCAAACUUUUACAAGAGAAGCUGGCUAAGCGGUUAGACCUCCCUGUGUCUUGUCUUCAACUCACAAGUUAUACUGCUGGAUGUGUUGAGCUCUACUUUGCACUAUACCGAGACGUUUAUGUCAAAGACUUGGAAUCUAUAGCUGUGUAUGAUACCAUUAGAAAAGCAUACUUUGUUAGUGUCGAUGUUAUUGAUAUUUUGUUUAGCAAGGAAGCACCACGGGAAUUGAAAAUUUUGAGGAAGCUAAUGUCACCCAAAGAGAGUACUUAUAAUGAGGAGCAAAAAACUGAGGAGCUAAUUCCACCAAAUUCUCCAGGCUAUGCUGAUGGUGGUAUUGGUGGUGAUGGGAAUGGGAUGGAACAGCUUCUAAUGCUAAAAGUCCCUGAAAACACUCAAAAGAAAGACAGUACUUGCAGCUAUGAUUCAGCUGUAGAACUGGAGGACACAAUUUACCAAAGGCGAGAAACUCUUCCAUUUUUAUUAGGAAGAAGGCAGCUAGAUCAGAGGCAAGUAUCACAUAAACUUAGUGAACACACUAAGACACUGGCAAACAAAUUAACAAAAGUCCAAGAAUUUCAUUCUGAAAAGAAGGUAACAUUGCGUGGAUCGCCGAAUCAAAGAUUAUUCACUGUGAUUGGUGGUAGAAAUGUUGGCAUAUUUGUCUCAUCAGCUCCUCCCUGUGAUGCACAAAUAAUGAAUGGUGAUCAAAUAUUGGAUAUAAAUGGACAUACCACAUAUGGCAUGUCUCUUUAUGAUGCAACUAGUAUAAUAGAAAGAAGCAACACUGAAGACAUCAAGCUUACACUAAUAGAGAAUAAAUCAAAGUAUCUUGUGGCAUUGGGCCACCUUGAAGCUGAUUCAUUCUACAUAAAAAGCAUGGUCAAUCAUGAGCCAUCAACUAAAGAUGAUGCUAGACUACAAACUGGGACUAUUCUCAGAGUCAUUAAUACUUACCUUUUUGCUAAUCACUGGCUUGCAUGGAUGGUGGAUGAAAGGACAGGAUUAGAAUUUGAUUUGAAACGGAUACCGUCUCCAUAUAUUGCAAAGCUUUUAUUUGGUAGUGAGGUUUAUGUCGUGGUUGACAAAUCAAGCUUAUCUUUCAAAGGCCGCACACUGUCAGCCAGCUUUAGUGAAGAUCAACCUGUUCCUAAAGUAAAAAUUGAAGAAAUGGAAAGUACUUUAUGAGACUAUGACUAUAAUUGGUUAUUUUUUAUUCAUGUUGUAUAAUCAGUGCAGUUAACAUUAUUCAUGAGCACUGUCAUAGUUAUUAAAUUGAAA